AACCUGCCAUCAAAUCACAGCAGCAGCAGCAAGAGGAGAUACCUGAGCACAACAGACAGCAGGAUGAGAGGCUUUAACAGUGUCAUCUUCAUUAUCUUCUUUAUCUUCAGUCUGACUGUUUGGGAGGUGGAUGCCGGCUGGAAACUGGAUUAUUUACCCAUGAACUUUACUCUGGAGGAGGAGCACAGCGGGGUCUUCCCCUACACUCUGGCUCAGCUGGAUAUGGAAAAGGAAUCUCUGCUCGGAUGCUCGGUCUCUGGACCAGGCGUUACAGAGGAACCAGUGGGAAUCUUCCACAUCGAUAAGAACCGAGCCGUGAUCCAGGUCCAUCAGAAAGUGGACUAUGAGGAACAUCAGAACUUCAUGAUCAGAAUGGACUGCAUUAGCUCUGAUAAGGUGCACACCAGGCUGGGAGUUGAGAUCCAGGUUAUGGAUAUUAAUGAUAACGCUCCGGAGUUUGAUAAAGAGAAAUACGAGAUCAGCGUAGAGGAAUCAACUCCACAAGGUUCUGAGCUGGUAUCAGUGAGUGCGGUGGAUCUGGAUGACAGAAGCUCGGGUAACGGACUCUUCAGCUUCAGCAUCGCCUCCGUUACUCCUCCUCCUCCCUCCAGCCUGCAGUUCUUCAUCACCCAGCAGAACAACAGCGGCCUCGUCUCAUUCAGGGGCUGCCUUGACUACGAGGAGGCCCAGAGUUACACUAUAGUGGUGGAAGCAAAGGAUCAUGGGAGGAGCGUGCAGCUGUCCAGCUCAGCUACUGUUAUAAUCAACAUCAUCGACAACAACGACCACCGACCACAACUGUCCGUCACACCAGGCGGCGGUAGAGUGCGGGAGGGAGAGAGCGGGGUGGUGAUCUACAGGCUGGAGGUAACUGAUGGAGAUCAGAGAGGUUCUGCAGGGUGGAGAGCUAAAUACUCUCUACACGGAGAAAAACAAGAGAACUUCAGGAUCGAGACGGAACCCACAACAAACCGAGGAAUCCUGUCUGUAACCACGCCGCUGGAUGUUGAGGACAGUUCUGAGCUGAAUCUGUUGGUCAGCGUGGAGAACGAGGAGCCGCUGGUCUCCUGUACGGUAAAGAGACGGAGGGACGGGGGACUGUGGGACGUGGACUAUUUCAGACAGAGCUCCGGUGCUGCUCUGCUGAGCUUCCCCGUCACCGUCACCGUGGAGACCGCCAACCACCCUGAAGAACACGUCAGCGUUCUGGAGAACACCGCACCUGGAUACAACCUGUGGACCUUUACCCCAACCCACCAGGACCUCAACUCACCUGGAAACAUCAGGUUUGUUAAAGGAGAAGAUGUAGAUAACUGGGUGAAGGUGGACUCGGAAACUGGUCAGGUGUCCACAGUAAAGGUUCUGGACAGAGAGUCUCCCUUUGUUAAAGACAGCACUUACACCGUCACCGUCUACGCUAUAGACCAGAGUGAGCCUCCAAUGACAGGGACCGGUACGCUGAUCAUCCACCUGCUGGAUCAGAAUGAUAACCUGCCCUCGCUGCAGGUAAACAGGCUGGAGAUGUGUUUAUCUGAUAAACCCACCUGGAUCAACAUCACUGCUGUAGAUCUGGACCUGCCUCCGUUCAGCGGACCCUUCAGCUACCAACUGCUGGGGGACGUGGAGGAGAAGUGGAGGAUCGAACCCAGCCACGGAGAGCAGGUGAGUCUGGUGAAGGAGGCAGGUGUGUAUUCGGGUCAGUAUGAGAUCAGGGUGAAGGUUGGAGAUGUUGGGGGGAGGUUCUCGGUGGAGACUCUGGUGGUCAUUGUGUAUAACUGCUCCAUAACCUUCAGCGGAUGGACCGGUACCCGACCCACAUCCCGGAUCAGCAUCAUCGCCCUCAUCAUCAUCAUCACCUCCCUGUUGCUAGGUGUGCUGCUGGCGUUGUUCUCGUUCUCCUGUGUGAAGCGUAAAGUGAUGAUGAAGGAUCUGCAGGGUUCUGAAGGUUCUUUACUCCAUUACAACACUGAAACACCAGGAACCGACUGUGAGAACUUCCCUUACAUAAUACAGGAGCAUCAUCACAGAAACUGGUCCUCAUAUUCUCUAUAGAUCAUCAGAGAGUUUAAAAUAAUAUCCAGACAGCAGAAGAAAAGCUGCUGAGAAACCAGAUCCAGAUCAGCAUGAGGAACUCAGAGCUGCAGACUGACUGGAUGCAAAACUCCAAAACAUCUCAGCAUCCAAACCAACGCCUAAACUCAAUCCUCAGCGUCAGCAUCAAUCACCCAUCAAACAUCUCUAACAUCUGCACUCAAACUCUCUACAACGCUGCUGUUCAAUCCUCAAAACUUCUGCAACAUCUGCACUGAUCUUUACAUAAGCUUUAGAAUUCACAUUCAAUCCUCCCAAUAUCUUUAAAGUCUACACUCAAACCUUUAAACACCUUAAAAUCUACACUCAACCCUUAAAACAUCUUUAAAGUCUACACUCAACCCUUUAAAAACCUUAAAAUCUACACUCAACCCUUAAAACAUCUUUAAAGUCUACACUCAACCCUUUAAACACCUUAAA